UUGUGCUACAAUGGCUAUUAUAACGCAUUACUACCAAGCACGAUUCUGACACCUUGGUAUGGCCCAGGUGGUGCGGGAAUUCCUGAAAUUGGUAUUGAUGCUAUCACCCUAUCUAAUAACAAAAUUAGUUCCAUGAUGAAUCGACCGCAUAGCACACCACCGAAACAACAAACCACGAAUUUGAUCGAUCUGGAGGAUGAGCUCAUCGUACCUGCUUCUUCUGGUCAACCACUGCUCACUCUUGCCCCAUUGACACCUACGCCAGUCGGUGCAGCCGCCUCCAUGUCUUCGCUGGAACCUGAACUGCCUCCUAUAGACUGGGGUACAAGCAGUAAAACGCAACCACCAACUGCACGAGCCCCAUCAUUGCCGAAUCUUGCCACUGAGACAUCGCCUGCAUUCCCGGUCAAAUUCGAAGAGAAUGAUGCAUUUAACACUGGACCUACGCAACUUCCACCAGCGCCAUCACGGUUCUAUCAGAAUACUCCUGCUGCGCCAUCUACCAGCAAUGAGCAGGAUGUAUUCACGGUGAUGUGGGAGCAGAUCAAGAAUGUUCCUCUGAGCAAUAUCACCCAAAGGAGUGAAUCACCUCAGCCACUUAUUCCUACUCGACCAACGCAGGAAAUAAGUGUGACUCCAAAACCGUCGACGUCAUUUCCAAUGCCAGCAUUUAGUCAGGAACAAGCGUAUGCAGGUAAUUUGAGAACUGCUAGAAAAUAUGUUCUUCGUUUUGUCCCAUUCAAUCUUACUUCUGUGCAGCCCCACAGAGAAAUGUACCAACACAACCGUCGUUUUCCACUGGGCCGCCUGUCACCAUAG